GCCGCGCGCGCCCAACCGCCCACCUGCCGGCGCCUGCGCAGUGCGGCUCCGCUCGCCGCCCGGGGGCGCCGCUGUCAGUCGGUGCGCGGAGCCCGGCGCCGGGUGGGUCCAAUGGGGCCGCAGUGAGGAGCCGGCCAGGCCCAGCCCGCCCCGGACAUGGCCGACCCGGCCCCCGCCCGCAGCCUGGAUGACAUCGACCUCUCCGCCCUCAGGGACCCUGCCGGCAUAUUCGAACUGGUGGAGGUGGUCGGGAACGGGACGUACGGACAGGUCUACAAGGGCCGCCAUGUCAAGACAGGGCAGCUGGCCGCCAUCAAAGUCAUGGACGUCACCGAGGACGAGGAGGAGGAAAUCAAGCAGGAGAUCAACAUGCUGAAGAAAUACUCCCACCACCGCAACAUCGCCACCUACUACGGCGCCUUCAUCAAGAAGAGCCCACCCGGGAACGACGACCAGCUGUGGCUGGUGAUGGAGUUCUGUGGGGCCGGUUCCGUCACAGACCUGGUCAAGAACACCAAGGGCAACGCGCUGAAGGAGGACUGCAUCGCGUACAUCUGCCGGGAGAUCCUGCGGGGCCUGGCUCACCUCCACGCCCACAAGGUGAUCCACCGGGACAUCAAAGGGCAGAACGUGCUGCUGACGGAGAACGCCGAGGUGAAGCUGGUGGAUUUCGGGGUGAGCGCCCAGCUGGACCGGACGGUGGGACGCAGGAACACCUUCAUCGGCACCCCCUACUGGAUGGCCCCAGAGGUGAUCGCCUGUGACGAGAACCCCGACGCCACCUACGACUACAGGAGCGACAUCUGGUCCCUGGGCAUCACUGCUAUCGAGAUGGCCGAGGGGGCACCACCUUUGUGUGACAUGCACCCCAUGCGAGCGCUCUUCCUCAUCCCCCGCAAUCCACCGCCCAAGCUCAAGUCCAAGAAAUGGUCCAAGAAAUUCAUCGACUUCAUCGACACCUGUCUGAUCAAAGCCUACAUGAGCCGCCCGCCCACGGAGCAGCUGCUGAAAUUCCCCUUCAUCCGCGACCAGCCCACGGAGCGCCAGGUCCGCAUCCAGCUCAAGGACCACAUCGACCGCUCCCGGAAGAAGAGAGGAGAGAAGGAUGAGACGGAGUACGAGUACAGCGGCAGCGAGGAGGAGGACGACAGCCACGGGGAGGAAGGGGAGCCCAGCUCCAUCAUGAACGUGCCGGGCGAGUCGACGCUGCGGCGGGAGUUCCUGCGCCUGCAGCAGGAGAACAAGAGCCACUCGGAGGCGGCGCUGAAGCACCAGCAGCAGCUGGCGGCCCAGCACCGCGACUCCGAGGCCCACAUCAAGCAGCUGCUGCACGAGCGCCAGCGCCGCAUCGAGGAGCAGAAGGAGGAGCGCCGGCGCGUGGAGGAGCAGCAGCGGCGGGAGCGGGCGCAGCGGAAGCUGCAGGAGAAGGAGCAGCAGCGGCGGCUGGAGGACAUGCAGGUGCUGCGGCGGGAGGAGGAGCGCAGGCAGGCGGAGCGCGAGCAGGAGUAUAUCAGGCACAAGUUAGAGGAGGAGCAGAGGCAGCUGGAAAUCCUCCAGCAGCAGCUACUGCAGGAACAGGCCCUGCUUCUGGAGUACAAGCGGAAGCAGCUGGAGGAGCAGCGGCAGUCGGAGCGGCUCCAGCGCCAGCUGCAGCAGGAGCACGCCUACCUGAAGUCCCUGCAGCAGCAGCAGCAGCUCCAGAAGCCGCCGCAGGGGGCGCCGGCGAGCGAGAAGAAGCCCCUCUACCACUACAACCGGAGCGCCCACGCCGCCGACAAGCCCGCCUGGGCCCGGGAGGUGGAGGAGCGGUCGCGGCUGAAUAAGCAGAGCUCGCCGGCGGCGCAGGCCAAGCUGGGCGGCACCGCGUCCGACCCGGCCCUGCAGACGCGCUCGGAGCCCGUGUCCCUGGGCUCCGGCCCCGCGGCCCAGACCCCGCCCAUGCAGCGCCCCGUCGAGCCGCAGGAGGGGCAGCACAAGAGCCACCUGGCGCACCGGGUGCCGCUGAAGCCCUACGCCGCGCCGGUGCCGCGCUCCCAGUCCCUGCAGGAGCAGCCCACCAAGACCGUGGCGGCCUUCCCCGUGCAGGGCCCCGCCGCGCCUGCCCCGGCCCGCGCCGCCAUGGCCCGCCAGAACUCGGACCCCACCUCGGAGACGCCCGGCCCCGCCGCCCCGCGGGGGCCCUGGGGCCGCACCGAGCCCGAGGCCCCGCCCAAGGUGCCCCAGCGAACGUCGUCCAUCGCCACCACGCUCAACGCCAGCGGGGCCGGGGGCAGCGCCCGGCAGGGCCACGCCGUCAGAGCCAGACCCCGUAGCAAGUCUGCCUGGCACAUCCACAUGCACAGCCGGCUGGAGAGGGUACUGCCCGAGGACCCCCCGGCACCGCUGCCCCCUCCCCAGCCGCCCAGGGGGGGGCCGCGCCGGGCCCCGGCCCCCAUGCCGAGCACCAGUAGCAACCCGGACCUGCGGCGCAGCGACCCCGGCUGGGAGCGAGCCGACAGCCUGCUGCAGGCGGGCAGCGCCAACCUGCCCCAAGCCGGCUCCCUGGAGCGCAACCGCAUAGGGGCUGCAUCCAAGAGGGAGAGCUCCCCCAUCCUGCCCCUGGUGAGCAAGCCCAAGGCGGAGGAUCACCGCUCGCGCCCCGGCCGGCCCGCG